AAAAUCCAGACCCAAAUCUUCCAAACCCUAAUCCCAAAGAUUUUAAAAAAAAUUCUCUACCCAAUUUCAAUUUCAUCAAAACCUCAUUCCAAAACCCGAAAUCCAAGAUGGGAAUCUCAAAAUCACAGGGUAACACGCACAACAUAUUCCUCUUGUGCAAUUACAUACUACUGUGCUCAUCUUCAAGUUGUAUAUUCCUCACUCUCUCUCUCCGCCUCUUCCCUUCACUCGCCGGCCUCUCCCUCAUCCUCCUCCACGUCAUCACAAUCUCCACCGCUGUCUCCGGCUGUAACGCAGUCGCAGCAGCCGCUGCGAUCGGCGACGUAUGGUACGGUGUCCACAUGGUAUCGACGGUUCUGGCCGCCAUCUUCCAAGGGUCGGUCUCGGUUUUGGUGUUCACCAGAACAGGCGAUUUUCUCCGGACCCUCAAAUCGUACGUCCGAGAGGACGAUGGGUCGGUGAUUCUGAAGCUGGCGGGGGGAUUGUGCUGUCUGAUCUUCUGCGUGGAGUGGGCGGUUCUCGUGCUCGCUUUCUUGUUGAAGUACAACGCUUAUUUGGAAGAGACUGAUGAUGACGACGAUGUUAAAGUUGUGCAGAGACGGCAAAAUGAAGAAGACCUGAAGGAUUUUCCGUCUUAUCCGCUUCAGAUCAAGUUUUGAGAUUCGAACUCUCGCUAUUUGAUUUUGCGGUUUUCGUGAUUUCGUCUGCUGCUUAUUCAUUGAGAGGCAUACCUCAUGUUGCCAGCUGCUUGUUCAUACUUGGUGUAUGCGUUUGCUUUUAUGCUUGUUAUGAAGCGGGGUGUUAUACAAGAGGAGCCAAGAUCUUGAAAUGUUACUGUAUCUUUAUCUAUUCAAUAAAAGCCAAGCAUAGGGCUUUUGAGUUGCUGUCA